GGAUCAGAGAACUUAAAAUGGAGCUGUUGUGGGAGGGAGAAUUCAGACAGCUCUGUGUGAUCCCGUCCAGUGCAGCCCCUUCCUCUGAGCAAGCCCCCUGCCUCCUCUCCCACCCAGCAAAGCCUCUGCCCUCAGGGCUCUGGGCUCCAAGGCUGAACCCCCUCCUCUGCAGCCACAGCUCCAGUGCCCUCUCCAGAGCCCAGGGGUUGAGAGCAACUGCCCGGCAGGGUUGGUGUCUGGGAGGGGGUGAGCACAGCUGGGGAAGGGGAACGCUGUCGGUGUGCCCGGCUGCCUCUGCCCUGGCCUCUCACAGCCAGACCCUCACUCUGUUCCUCCCUGUUUUCCCCCUGUCUUUGCUCUUGCUGUUGUUCUCUCAUUCUUGCUGCCAGUCUCUCUGGGGAUGUUCGGGUUGGGCACUAAUUUUCUGGUUCCUCCCAUGCAGUUGGGUCCACGCAAUGAAGAGUCCAAGCUUUCAUCUCACCUGUGGAGCUGGGUCUACUAAAGUCUGUGUCAAUCCCUAAGGAAUAAGCUGACUCUCCUUCACUGUGAGAUUUCAUCAUGACGAUACUUGGCUCUCCUUGAAGUUUCCUUCCAAGCUGUCAGCUUCCCUCCAGGAUGCAAACCUGUCCUAUUGAAUCUUUGUUUUACCUGAAGCUCCAUGGAGAAGAGAUGAUGUGAGAGAGAAAAUGCUGUUCGAUUGGGAAAUGAGAAAUGGCUUUGAUUUGGGUCAGAAAAUUUUCCCCUAACUUCUCGCUAUCCUUUCCUCCCCCACACCCCAGAGGCAGCAGAUGUCCAACAGCAGCUCCAUCACCCAGUUGUUCCUCCUGGCAUUCACAGACACACGGGAGCUGCAGCUCUUACACUUCUGGCUCUUCCUGGGCAUCUACCUGGCUGCCCUCCUGGGCAAUGGCCUCAUCAUCGUCACCAUCGCCUGUGACCACCACCUCCACACCCCCAUGUACUUCUUCCUCCUCAACCUCUCCCUCCUCGACCUGGGAUCCGUCUCCACCACUGUCCCCAAAUCCAUGGCCAAUUCCCUCUGGGACACCAAGGCCAUUUCUUAUGCAGGAUGUGUUGCCCAAGUCUUUAUCUUUCUCAUUUCAGCAGAGUAUUCUCUUCUCACCAUCAUGUCCUACGACCGCUACGUUGCCAUCUGCAAACCCCUGCACUACGGGACCCUCCUGGGCAGCAGAGCUUGUGUCCACAUGGCAGCAGCUGCCUGGGGCGCUGGGUUCCUCAAUGCUCCCCUGCACACGGCCAAUACAUUUUCCCUGCCCCUCUGCCAGGGCAAUGCUGUGCACCAGUUCUUCUGUGAAAUCCCCCAGAUCCUCAAGCUCUCCUGCUCACACUCCUACCUCAGGGAAGACGGGCUUAUUGUGUUUAAUAUCUGUUUAGCAUUAGGCUGUUUUGUUUUCAUUGUGGUGUCCUAUGUGCAGAUUUUCAGGGCUGUGCUGAGGAUCCCCUCUGAGCAGGGACGGCACAAAGCCUUUUCCACAUGCAUCCCUCACCUGGCUGUGGUCUCCCUGUUUAUCAGCUCUGGAGCAUUUGCCGGCCUUAAGCCCCCCUCCACCUCCUCUCCACCUUUGGACCUUACGGUGUCAUUGCUGUACUCAGUGGUGCCUCCAGCACUGAACCCCCUCAUCUACAGCUUGAGGAACCAACAGCUCAAGGAUGCUGUGUGGAAACUCAUAACUGGAUGGUUCUCUGCAGCAAUGAACUGCUCAUCAUCUUCUGCAUAG